AUGCCCAACAGCAGCUCUGUGAGUGAGUUCCUCCUGCUGGCAUUCGCAGACACGCGCGAGCUGCAGCUCCUGCACUUCGGGCUCUUCCUGGGCAUCUACCUGGCUGCCCUCCUGGGCAACGGCCUCAUCCUCACCGCCGUAGCCUGUGACCACCGCCUCCACACCCCCAUGUACUUCUUCCUCCUCAACCUCGCCCUCCUCGACCUGGGCUGCGUCUCCACCACUCUGCCCAAAGCCAUGGCCAAUGCCCUCUGGGACACCAGGGCCAUCUCCUAUCAAGGGUGUGCUGCACCGGUCUUUCUGUUUGUCUUCUUCAUUGGAGCGGAGUAUUGUUUUCUCACCGUCAUGUCCUAUGACCGCUACGUUGCCAUCUGCAAGCCCCUGCACUAUGGGAGCCUCGUGAGCGGGAGAGCUUGUGGCCAGAUGGCAGCAGCUGCCUGGGGCAGUGGCUUUCUCAAUGCUGUCCUGCACACGGCCACUACAUUUUCCCUGCCCCUCUGCCAAGGCAAUGCUGUGGCAUUGCCACAGCAUUGCCACAGCAUUGCCACUUGUGUGACAAUGCUGUUCUUCUGUGAAAUCCCCCAGAUCCUCAAGCUCUCCUGCUCAGACGCUUACCUCAGGGAAGCUGUGGCACUUGUGUGUAGUGUUUCUUUAGCCUUUGGCUGUUUUGUUUUCAUUGUUUUCUCCUAUAUUCAGAUCUUCAGGGCUGUGCUGAGGAUGCCCUCUGAGCAGGGCCGGCACAAAGCCUUUUCCACGUGCCUCCCUCACCUGGCUGUGGUCUCCCUCUUUAUCAGCACUGGUAUAUUUGCCUAUCUGAAGCCCCCCUCCAUCUCCUCUCCAUCAAUGGAUCUUAUUGUCGCAGUUCUGUACUCGGUGGUGCCUCCAGCAUUGAACCCCCUCAUCUACAGCAUGAGGAACCAGGAGCUCAGGGAUGCAAUAAGGAAACUCUUUGGAUACAUGCUUCUUCAGAAUCAGUAA